AUGCCAAAUUCAAAAUCAAUGUCAAAUGGCGCUGAUGUGCGGCAGAAGAAACCUCAAUAUGGCCACAAGACAAGGCAUCAUGUGUGCCGGUCAAAUCAGAAAUACCCUGGUGGUGACAAAGAGCGCAGCAGUUCAAGAUCAUUUCUUACAGAUUUCUGGAACUGGAUUGCCCCGCGUCUAUUUGAAUAUGACAUAAUCCGGAUCCUUCCGACUGUAUUAUUCGAGACGAUCCGGCGUCAUGCCUAA